CAUUCCAAUCGCACAAUACGGCCACACACUCACCGUCACGCAUGACGAAUCGAGGUGCUAUAUCUGAACAACCACAUGAUUCGUCGCACCGAAACCAUUAACAAUCCCCACCAUACACACCCGCGAGGCUCAAUCAUCGCACCACUGGAUCGGCAGGCACCGCAGCAAUGGCGGCAGCGACCGGAGGCGGCGGCAGCAGUGAGGAGGCGCUGACGCUGCUGGGGUUCUGGACGAGCCCGUUCGCGCUGCGGGCGCGGUUCGCGCUGAACCUCAAGGGCAUCCCCUACGAGUACGUGGAGGAGGACCUGUUCGGCGAGCGGGGCAAGAGCCCGCUCCUCGUCGCCUCCAACCCGGCCCACGGCGGGAAGGUGCCCGUGCUCAUCCACGGCGGCCGCCCCGUCGCCGAGUCGCUGGUCAUCCUGGAGUACAUCGACGAGGCGUUCCCGGAGCGCCUCCCGCGCCUCCUGCCCCCGCCCGACGACCCGCACGGCCGCGCCGCCGCCCGGUUCUGGGCGGCCUACGUCGACCAGAAGCUGCUCCCGACGUGGGCCCCGCUCUACGGCGGGAGGACGGCCGAGGAGCGGGCGGGCGCGGCGAGGGAGGUCGUCGCCGUGCUGGAGGCGUUCGAGGGGGAGCUCGGGGACAGGGGCUUCUUCGGCGGGGACGGCGUGGGGCUGGUGGACGUGGCGCUCGGCGGGUUCCUCGGGUGGCUGCGCGCGUCGCAGGCCAUGUGCGGCGUGCGGACCAUCGACCCCGCCAGGACGCCGCGGCUGGCGGCGUGGGCGGAGCGGUUCGGCGCGCUGGACGGCGUGAGGGAGAUCGUGCCGGACGCGGCGCCGCUGGUGGAGUACAACCUCAUGAAGCGGGCUCGCCUAGGCCUGCCGUAUCUGCCGCCGCAUCAGUCGCAGUAAAAAACCGCUAGUAAAUUCCAAGGCGUGUAGCUGGAUCCAUCGCGCGCAGAGGAACUGAACUGAAUUUGAAUCUGAUCCCUUAAGCCGGUGGAUUCUUUAGUUAUUCUACUGCAGUAGAGUAAUAAGUCUGUGUUCUUGUUUGGAACUCUGAUUUUCUGCGAUGGACCGAUUCAAGAAAUGUAGCCACAGAACUGCCUUCUCCAAUGGAAAGAAAAAAAGUAGUACCA